UCCCUCCGGUGACUGCGCGUCCUUUCCUCUCCGCGCACACCAGCUAUCCUUCGCUAAAAUGAGAUGAAACAUGAGGGGGCUGAUCAUGCCGGAAGAUGACCCAAGCGCGGACGAGCUGGUGCCGAUCCCCGUGCAGAUAUUUCUGUGGACGCAGUCCUCGCCGUUCGUGCGGCCACGACUUGGAAAGGUCCACGAUGCUUCGUGUAUGUUUUGCCAACGAGCACAAGGCCAUCACGAGCUAAAGGAGGCUUGUAAGUCAUUCGAAAAGGUCUUGGUUCAAAACUUGCGUUUUGGCCUAUCCAUCAGUCUCUCGCAAGCGAUAGAAGCGAUCCCGCGAUGGCGUUUUGUUCAGGCAGCUCUACCACACGUUAUGCAUUCGUUAGCUGCCGUACUACACAACAGGGUAAAAGACAAUAUGUCAAGCCUCGGCAAUGUGGAGACAAAACUUCUGUACACAAUGCACUGGAUCAUACUUGACGCAUCUGAUGAGUGCUCCGAGGCUGACUAUGAGGCUGGCAUUUUUCACGCAAACCCUUUCCACUACCUGUUCUCCAUUCCUAUAAUGACGCUAUUUGUUUUUCUAUUUGCUCCGAUAGCAGGUAACUUAAAAGAGUCAGAUUUCACAAAUAACUUCCGUUUGGAGAAUGGUCUGAAGAUUUGGCAAGGCUUUUGGGAGUACAGGCAUCCUGAUGCCCCCUGCUUCACCACACUUGUGAAGCCCAAACCAAAACCUUUAGGGAGUAAGGUUACCAAAAGGCCACAACAUGGAGAUAUAUUUUUAGGGCGUAAACCUUCAAAAGAGGAUGGGGGAACAUUAAAUGGUAGCCCUCCGAGUCAAACCGUAUCUAUGUCCCAAUCAGAGGUUCCAUCUAAACAAGGCAGUACAGAAGACGAGCAGUGGCUUUCAUCUCCAAAAGACACCAUAUUCCCAGAAACUAUACCAGAAGAAAGCUCAAGUACUGAAGAGGAGCAUGUGUUUAUUUAUCGUCUACCCAGUGAGGUGUGCAGCGGGGCCGUAAAAGAAGCGUAUACAGUAUAUUCUGCUGAUCCGAGUCUCUUUCAAGUUCGCAAAUCUGAUGGAACUAAACAGCCAAUACCAGGCAUCAAGCCACUGCCACAGGUCACAAAGAUGAGCUCGUCAGAUAAGGAGUCUCUGUCGGACAGCGGUUCCGCCUCGAAGCCUAAACCAACACCGAGUCCCAUGGACAAACCGUGUUCAGCUAAGCAGGCACAUGUAUCGUCAGCUACUUUCCUAGAUGUCGCCACGCUUAGGUGCCUGUUCACGACGCAGUGGACCGAGGAUGGCGUCCACUGGGCCCUGCACUACCUAUAUAACAGACUACGUGAUAUAUGCGAUGACCCAUCUAAACAAACACAACCGAGAAGAAGAAGUAAUUCUCUACCCAUUCCCAAAAUAGAAGUUUCCAUAUAUCAAAGUCCCGAAAUGAAGAAAAGGGAUUCUCUAAAAAACUUAAUGGACGUCCCCGAUUUGAAGGAGUCCCCGGUUACUGAUAUAUCUUACCCUCCCGCUUCUCCCAAACUCGAGGAAGAACCCCUGACGAGACGAGCGAGUGAAAAAGUUAAGAGGAAAAUGAAAAUGGCCGAUCUCAAGGCUUUUGUAGAAACAAAAAUGUUCUCGAAAUCGGAAAAGGCAUUAGAGAAAAUUGGACACGAUGAUCACAAGUUCAGUUUUCAUACUGCCGUAAGAAUGCUAUCUGAGUAUCAUAGAAGUUUGGACAAUAAUGAAGAUAGACCGAAUUCUGCUUUAGGAUCUCAUUUCCCGGCGAUAACCCCUCGUCUGACCGGCGACCUCCUGCCCUGUAAUCUGAUCAAAGGCAAAAGUAUGCCUAGUCUUAGCUGUCUGAUAGACGAGCUAGCCUCCAAUGGGUAUAUUGGAGAGAUAAAGACGGAGCGAGCGCACGGGUAUGCGGGUGCUAUGCCCACAAAUAUGCAAAAGAAGAAGAACCCGAUUAUAACCGUCACGGAGCACACGCCCACUCCGUCACCGGACUAUCUUUCUAAAACUCAACAGGGCUCGCUAGAAUCGCAGAUGGACUCCGUGAGCAUGGUGGGCUCUCAACACAUGGUCUCACCGGAGCGCAAGCCGAGCCUCACGCGCUCGCAGACCGAUUCCAACAUCACAUACGUCGUCGAGGAGGUGCAGGAGGCGGCCGGCUCCAUACACUAUAUCACUACAGACGGGGAAAUAGACUUUCAAGUCGUGUUAAAGGCUGUUUACUCAGUAUGUGUAAUGGACAGUCACUACAUAUCGAUUCGAGUGAUGGAAGUAAUACUGAACCUGGUGGACACGCUAAUGGAGUUGGGGGUCCAUAAGAACUGGAACAGCACCAACGUGGAAGACAACCUGCCUGGCAGUGUCGACCCCUUGACAGAGUUUAUGAAGGAUAAGGAUAACAAGGGAAGAGACUCCGGGCUACCUUGCGCACAAAGCCAGGAUUCUACUAACGUGGAAACUGGCGACAGCACCAAGGAAAAGAGAGAGGAAGAGGAUCUGGACUGCCCUUAUUAUAUGUUACUGCAUAUCAUUCUCAGGUUACUCCGCCAGCUAGGCUGUUCCCACGGCUGCGCUACGGCUCUCCGCUGCCCCAUAGCUGACACCCUUCGAAUCCAAGCCAAGAAGUCCCUCCGGCAACUGAGAACAGCAUCUGUCUCCAAGUUUACGCUAAGACUGAAGGAGAUGACGAAGUUUGCUCCUAUUAAAGAGGUGUUGGAUAACCUGCACUCUACCAUCGGGUUUUGCGCCGAGCCUUCGAUGAUGGUAUCGCCUAUGAAUCAACAAAAGCGCAGCAUGUCAAAGUCGCCAGACAUGAGCCACCUUCAGAGCGGGUACGCGACCAACUUCGGCGCGGGGCAGGGGCCCAACGCCAACCGCGCCGUCGAGACGUUCGUCGUCGAGUCCACCUUCCGGGUGCUCGUCACCAGGUUCGCCGCCAUGCACAAGGAGCUUAAGAUGCUCGAUAAUGCGAACCUGUAUUUGCAAGUGCGACUCCUGCUGAGUUACGUUCACGAAGUACACGGCGGGGAAUUCCGUGUGGUGGCUCUGAGUGGGCUGCUAGACACCGCGGAGCGACCAGACAGCCAACCGAAGGAGGCCUACAUGCAGACCACUCGCGUCAUAAGGCAUAUACCUCGCAGUCAAGACGACGAACGCGGCUCCGACACAGGAGCGGACUCAGGCUGCGCUGCUGACGACAGGAGUCAUAAAAAGUUCACGUUCAAGAAGAGGAGCACUUCUUCUACGGGGGCACAUAGUCUACUGGAGACCGAGGGUGGGUCGGAGUCGGCCAGUCAGUCGCCGCUGUCGGUCCGCACGCGCCGCUACCCGCUGACGCCGCGCCAGUCCGAGCGCACCAUCCCCUCCACCUCGUCGGCUGAUAUGACGCCCCACCAUAAGAUAUCGCACACCAAAUCUGUGCCCUCCAAGUUCCACUUCAGCGGUUUAGUGAACUGGUUCCGGCAUAAGCCGCAAUCGGCGUCAUUGCUGCGUAACGGCGGCGGUUCCGGUGAAUCUCUGCCCAUUUCUGGCAGCAUGAUCUCGCUGGCGCGGCCCAACCUCGCCGCGCAGCCGCUACCCAGCCGCCCCGUGCACGUCAAACGCCGCGUCGGCUACACGCUUAAUAGAGCUCGCAAACGAGUAGAAGACAGAUUGAACAGAUUCGGUCUGAGAAAGAUGGGAAAGAAAAGAGACGGCAGCAUCGAGGAAACAAGUGGCGGAUAUAUGUCCCGCCGUGGCUCGGCCGAGGGUGGGUCGGGUGGCGGCGAGUCGGAGGUGGUCGUGUUGAAGCGGCGGCGGCUGGUGGCGGCGGCGCCUCUGUACGCUGGCCUGGCGCGCUUCAGUUUUCUACUUGACGCUACACAGCCCGGCGCCACGCCUGACGCGCUCUUCAUGGCCGCACUGCUUGACUUGCCUAACACGGUGGUGGUCGGUAGAGCUGCGAUGCUACUGGAGUGUGCACAUUUGGUCCACAACUGCAACAAAGGCCAGUGGCCCUACUGGUUGAAGUCCAAUAUGUCUAAAGCAACCGUCACUACGAGUCCGCACCUGAAAAGACAACGUUUAGCUGCAAAACUAUUUUAUCAAUGGGCUGAAGCUAUAGGAAACCGGUUAGAAGAGAUGUUGAUAGAAGACAAAAAAUACAUAGACAACGUGAUCAACGUCGUCACCGACCCCGACGGACAACGCGACCUGCUGCAGCAAGACGAGGAGGAAGACUUCCUCGACGAAGCGAGCCUGCGGCCGGCGGGCGGGCCGUGGGGCGCGGCGUGCGGGCGGCCGCUGCGGCUGGUGGCGUGCGUGCUGCUGUGCGAGAUCACGGCGUUCCUGCGCGAGUCCUACCAGAACCUGCCCAAGGCCUGCCGCGCCUCGCUCAAGGAGCGCGGGCCCUGGGACCGCGUCUAUAGAUGGAUGGAAAAACGAAGACGUUUGUGUUGUAAGAAUAAGGCUCUUAGCAGUCAACACACAUUAAUGCCAGUCGAGGAAGCGAACCGGCGGUGGAGUAUGGCGCUGUCCUCGAUGGGGCACUCGCAGGCCUCGGCGCAGAGCCUGCAGUCUAUCGCGGGCGCUGAACCUGAGCGCAAGAUCUCUUUCGUCAUACACGAGCCCGAAAAUGUUUCCGGCGGGAGCAACGUCACGUUGGCGGACGCGAUCCCGCCGACGGCCGUAGACGACAAGAAGGGGCGGCUAGGGUCUCGCGGUAAGGCGUGCCUGCACCGCCGCAGCACGCAGCAGCACCAGGCCUACGGCUCCUUCAAGCGGCGCUCCAUCAAGCUCCGGCAGAAGGACGCGAGGGAAGUCGACGAAUUUGUUAAUCGGCGCUCUGAAUCAAUACAAAGCAGGCGAAAGGUAUCGUCCCUUUCUGACAGGAGUGACACAUCUGAAAUAUAUCCCCCUGCAGGGGGCACAGUAAUUAUGCCAAACGAGGUGGACAGUGGAGGGGAAGAGAGCCCCGGAGUGCUGUCGGACGACCACGACCAUCCGCCGGACAGUCCGGAUAGCAACUCCACCGAUCCACCUGAUAAUAAUAAGGGUUUCCCUUGGCUUAAGGUUAUGGUAAAGUUCCUGAACUCGUUCAACUACGUGUGCUGCCACCAGAACUUCUGCCAUCCGUACUGCUUCCGUCGCAACAUGCGCGCCAGCGCUCGCCUCAUGAAGUCCGUCCAGAAGAUAUAUGGGGAGAAGUUUGGUCCUGAAGUGAACGCUACGAACAGCGAAGACGGACUUGGCGGAGCGCGCCGUGGGCGCCGAACGCGCAAGUCUUCGGAACACGCGACUGAUAGAAUCGACAGGUCCGUGCUCGAAAGCGCGGGGCUGGCGUACCACGCGGCCGGCGUGGAGGCUGCGGCCAAGCCCGCGGAGCCCGCCGCCGCGCCCGCGUCCUCCGCCUACCCACCGGCCGAGCCGCCCGCCAUACUCAAGUACCUCAAGGGGCAGGUCCGCGACGCAUACCACGCACCGCUGGCAGCGCUGAUCAAAGGUGCCUGCACGAUGGACGAGCAGCUAUUCGCCGAGAGCGCCGCGGUGGCGUGGCAGCUUUUACUGGAACCGGACCGGGAGUUAAGCGCCUGCGCCGCGUCGCUCUUCAUACUAGCUGCUGUGAAAGCGCCCCUCACCGCCUCUGAGAUCAUGCAUAAUGACUUGAAGCACACUGACCCUGCGGUCAGAAUCAAGGCGAUCUUAAAAUUCCAAGUGAUGUGGAAGCUCCGCUACCAAGUGUGGCCUCGAAUGGAGGAGGGCGCCUCCGUGACGUUCAAAGUGCCUCCCCCCGGCAUCGAGUUCACGCUGCCAUCGCCGAAGAUUGGCAUCGAGUCGCUGGCCGUCGUGGACCCGCCGUGGACGCCGCAGGUCAAGGACAAGGAUAUGGAGAUGACCUUGAACCAGGAGCGGCAUCGAUCGCUAGUAACAGCGACCAAGACCCGCAAGAAACAGCAGACGGAAGCGAUCAAGCGCGCCCUACAACAGCGGAACGACAAGAAGCGCGCGGAGCGGGAGAGCUUCCUUAUAACUACCAUACCCAUCACGCGGCAAGCGGCGCGCGAGCCCGCGCUCGAUCAUGCCGCCGACGACCACAUCGAACCGCCAGCCGACGAAGAGAUCUCAGAGGGCGUCCGCGGCUCGCACCAUACGCAGGUGGCGUCGGCGCUGUUCCCGUCCGCGCUGUGCUCGGCCGUGGCCGAGAUCGUGUCGCUCCUAGACGACGCGGCGGUCUCCGCCGAGGGCUGCUCGGUCUAUGAAGUUGCCUAUCAGGUCAUAUGGGGAUGCCUAGUAGAAGACUCAGCCCUCUUCCUCCGCCACGUACUAGAACGUCUGACCCGCGACCACCAAGACGAGAUGUUCAAGUUGCUCCGACACCUCAUCCGCUUCAUACCGCGGCUGCCGCAACAAGCUGCCUUCGCGCUAUACAACUACAUCAUUGGUUAUGUCAUGUUCUACAUCCGAUCGCCGCAUGAGGAGGGACAAAGGCUUAUUGGAGCGGCUCUUUCUAUUCUUUGGAUGGUUGUUCAUAGCGUGCACGGUAUAAUGUUUAAAGAUCUAAAACAAAUUUUACGCAAGGAGCAAUGUGACGCGUCUAUUUUACUUACUGCCAACGUGCCCGCAGCCAAGAAAAUUAUUGUACACGGACCAGCUGACAAUGAGGGUUGUAUUCCAUCACAGUUCCCAAUUCAAGAAGACACUCAGUUUGGUCAAAUAUUAAAAGAAUCGCUAGAUUUCUUUGGAAUACCAGAGAACCUACAUAACGAACACUUCCUGGUUGAUUUUAAAACUCGUCAGAUCCACAACCCGCAGUCGUACGUGCGCGAUUGGUACUUCUUCAAGCGCUCGCAGUAUCCGCAGCUGGGGCUGGUGCACAUGGCGCCGGACGUGGCCUUCGACAAGCUGCAGCAGCAGGAGCUGCUCUCCAAGUUCGUGGAGAUCGGCAAGGUGCUGCUCACCUGGGCCAUUCUCAAGAACGUCGACAUGGUGGUCCAACGUGUGGUGUUCCUCCACGACGAGCUGAUGAAGCUGCCAGCAUUCCCACGCAAGGCACUCGAGGCUGAUCUGCAACUGUACAGCAGAGGGGCGCUCGGAUCCACGCUUCUCGGCUUGGAUGUGCUUCACAAGUUCAUGUGGGUCCGCCUCAUAGCGCGCAUGUUCGAGGCCAUGGCGGGGAACUUCACGUCGUCGCGCGACAUUCACCUGUUCCUCAACGUGCUGAACGGCGCGCUCAUGCUGCAUAGCGAGGACUCGCUCAUACUCCGAUAUGUCAUCGCUACUUACGUUAACGCUGCCUUCAAUUUUAAGAACAUCUUUUCUACUAAUGGAUACCUUCUCAUCAUGCCGACACUGCUUCAGAUCUAUUCAAAUUACCAAACGAACAAGCUAGUGACCACAACGAUAGAGUACGCGGUGAAGCAGUUCUACUUGCUGAACAGGAAGCCGUUCAUUCUGCAAAUGUUCGGCUCCGUGUCCGCCAUAUUGGAUACUGACGAGGAAUCAGCCUAUGGUGAUGCCAGUAAGGUACAAUCGAGCUGUCUCUUCAACCUGCUGCUAAGCCUCGAGACGCCGUCCCCCGACCCGCUGCACAUCGCUGAACUGAUCAAAGAGGAGAAGCCGCUGAAGCCCAUCGACUUCUGCUACCGGGAUGAGGACGAGAUGGUCAACGUGCUGGACUGCAUCAGCCUGUGUGUCAUGGUCGUAUCAUACUCCGCGGAGAGUAUGCGGGGCUAUCAGAUGCUUAUAAUAUUGGAAGCGAUAUUGCCGUGCUACGUGAAACAGAUUCAAUUACCAACGUACAAUAGAGAAGGAAAGACUGAGAAAGAGAUCAUACAACAACUGGCGAUUGCUAUCAAGACUCUUGUCAAUAACUGCGAAGGAUUGUCAAAGUCGUACAAUGGGCCGUAUCGCACGUCGCCCGAGCACAAGGGCUCGUCGCAGCGCGGGGUGCGCACGGCGCCGGCGCCGCAGUUCAAGGGGCUGGACGGGCUCGAGGACGACUCGCACUCGCGCUACGUCAGCGAACACUCGCGUGCGCAGCCCGUGCCCGAGUACACCGGCGCCGAGGACUCGGAGUUAAUACGGGCGGAAUACCGUCGUCCGCGAGAUGUUUUGCUGUCGCUGGUUGGAGACUUCAUCGGUCGCGCGACGACGCGUCUACUCGACCUCAACGGCUCCAAGGGCAGCGGCGGCAGCGAGGGCAAGCCGGUCGAGCUGCUCGACUGCAAGUCACAUGCCCGGCUGGCAGAGAUCGCGCACUCGCUGCUGAAGGUGUCGCCGUAUGACCCAGAAUCAAUGGGCUGCCGCGGCUUGCACCGCUAUAUGACGCAGGUGCUGCCGGCGGCGGAUUGGGCUGAUGACGCACUACGUCCCGCUCUUAUUAUGAUCCUAAGGCGCCUGGAUAAGGUCUUCCUUAAGAUCGCUAAGAAGCCUAGCAUAAGACGCAACACUGACUGGGACUCUGCAGCGGUACUACUCAAAGGUGUAUACGAAACUAUGAUACGCUGUCCGUACGUCAUGCAUUGGCAGCAAGUUAAGACUUUACUUAACACCGUUCAAGCUCUAAUAGUAUCGGAAAACAACAGCGGCGAAAACUUGUCGUCUGCGACCGCGGCGCUGAUGUCGCAGCCGCCUCCGCCGCACUUCUGCAGCACUGUCGUGCGACUUAUAGCGCUUCAAGUCAUCAAUACUGGAGACAGUUACUCGUUGGAGCAAAUGUGCGGAGGCAGUGCUAUUUUUCAGUCAGCGGAGAAGACUGAAAACAUGUUAAUGAAUUUAUUUAUGCCUCUUUGUUUACGAGUGGGAAGCGGGCGGAAAGACGUACCCCCGCUGCGGCAGUCGGACGUGUCGUACAUCGUGUCCGUGGUGCUGAGCGCGCUGUGCCCGCCGGCCGCGCCGGGCCAGCUGGCGGCCGUCAACGCCAAGCUCAACGCGGCCGAGGCGCGCGCCAACUCGCUCACCUUCACUGGCAGUCGGGACACGCGCAACACGACCAAGCUGUCGCACCAACUCUACAAGAUCGCAUUCCUAGCCCUAAAAGUGCUGUGCGCAUGCUUCACCUCGGAGCUCUGCUCGGAGUGGGGCCGAAUCGCACGCGCCAUGCGAGACUUAGGCCGCCGGAACGAGGCCGCGGCGCACCUGUGGGACUUCCUCGAGCACGUCGUCACCUACCGCACGCCGCUGUUCGUGCUGCUGCUGCCGUUCAUCGUGCACAAGCUGUCCCAGCCGCCCAUCGGCGACAACGAGCGGCACAUGCAGUUCGUGGUCCGCGAGCGCGUGCGCGGGCUGAAGCUGCCCGCGGCCCGCGCGCGCGGCGCGCUGCUGGCCGAGCUGGCGCGCGACCUGCGCACGCUGCGCGACAAGCACGACCACUGCAAGUUCGAACAAAUAGCGGAGAACAUUAGCUUGGGCGGCAAGCGCGCGUCGGAAGUGUUCGGGCGGCCGGGCGACAAGGCGGCGCAGCACCGGCCCUCGCUCAUCUCCAUGCUGGUGGGCCGCUCCGGCCUGCCGCGCACCCCCGACCACCCCUCCGCGCCGCUCUCCGCGCCACGAGAGUCGGUGUCGAGCAGCUCCACGACGAGCCAGCACCUGGUCGGCUUCGACCUGCCGAGUGCGCGCGCCGACAACGGCAACAGUCAUUCCAACAUAGGGUCAUCGACGUACGGCAGUGAUAGCAAAACGGCCAGCACGCCAUCAUAUAGCACUACACAGACUAAACUGCGUUUCGUCUCUUCCGUCGAGUUUAAACUUACCACCGGUGAGACUUCGCAAACCCCGCUUUCCCCGCUGUCCCCCGGCGAGUGGUCGGGCGACCGCAACGGCGAGCACGACGACGACCGGCCGCGGCUGCAGCGCGCGCACGGGCCCUCCAAGAAGACCUUCAAGUUCCGCCGCAGCCGGCACGCCAGGCCCGAGCAGCAGAACUCACGCCUGGAGUCCGAUGAUUGCUCAUCCCCGGGUCCCGAGAGCACGCCAGCGCGGCGCGCCUGGCCGCCGCUGUUGGCCCCUACCGCCAUCAAUACGGACACAUCGUACGACAGUGAGAUCUCGCAGACCUCCUCCACAUCGGGAUACAGAGAGAGCUACAGCCUGCAGGCGUCGAUGACGGAGUCGCCGGGCGGCUCGGCGGCGGCGCGCGCGGCGCUGGCGUCGCCGGAGCCGCCGUCGCAGCGCACGGCCACGCCCGAGGCCAGCCCCGACGCAUCUAUAAGCGAGUCGGGCACGUCAUCCGCCGAGCGCACGGCGCUGCUGGGCGCCGCCAGCCAGCGCUCGCUCCUGCUCAGCAGCGAGCUGCGCGACGAGGACACGCUGCUGUAAUCACCGCGCCUACAGUCUGGAGUUCCGGAGAGCCGACCACGCAGCGAAAACGCAGCAAGCGAAGUUUGCGACAAAGUGAACCGGCGGCCACGUGUCGUUUCGAAGAUUCUUAGGUCUUUCGCCAGCAGAUGGCGUCUUUUUAAGACUUCGAUAACUUAGGAAACGCUUUAAUUUAACCCUUCUUUUCAUGGCGAUGGAAAUUUCCAUCAUCACUUGGCAUUUACAAAGAACGAAUCUGGAAUGAGGUUACCGGACUACUUCG